GUAGAAAAUAUGAAAGAAAAAGUAGUUAAAGCAAGUGAUGAAAAGGAGAGUAGUAAAAACGAGAAGAAAGAGGAUAUGAGUGGAUUGUAUAAUAUCGGACAUUGUGGUGAGGAAAAGAAGGAAAUUAAAAGGGACGAAAAUAAGAUACUCACCUGCUACCAAAACACCAAUAAUAUUGACAAGGAUAAAAAGCAGAUGCUUGAGCAGAAUUCGGAGUAUGUCGAAGGUGGAAAAUCAGUUAUAGAACCUAAAGUAGAAGAUGAAAAUAGAUUAGUAUUUGACCGCGAAAAAUUAAUUAAAAGUGAAGCUCCAAUAUCCAAUAUACAUUGUGGUGAAAGUGACGCUGAAAGUAUACUUGUGGAAUCCGAUGGUAAAAAGCGCAUGGCCAGAUUUGAUGAAGCCACAGUAUUUGAGUGGGAUACGAAAGUUGCUGAUGAUGUUGAGUCUUGUGGACAAACCGAUGUUGAGUAUAGUUACCAAAAGGGUAGUAAUAGUUCAAAUGCGAAUAAUGAAGAAAGGGAAAC